AUGUCUUCCGGCCAACAUGGUUCGCACCGUGGGGGCUCUCGUGUAGCUCCCUAUGUCUUUGGCAUCCAGACACUCCCCCUGGUGGCCAGCGGGGUGUAUACAUUAUUAUGGCCCGCAGCCGCGGCCGGGCUUCCCAACUCACCAUUACAAGGCCUAAGUAAUGGAACUAUCCAGGCGCUCAGCCUAACAUCCCUCUCCUUGGGGUCAUUCUACGCAAUCGCCGCGUGCCAAAACAACACUCCAAUGAUGAUGGCCGCCAUUCCGGGCCGGCUUUUGGCGAUGGUUGUGUUUUAUCGCAGUGGGGGUGGCUGGAAAAAUGUCGCCCCAUUCGAGGGGCUCAUGGGCUUAUUUACGGCCUUCGGGCUUUAUUGGGACUGGUACACUGCUCGACCAGCAGAAGAAGAAGAAAAACAAGAGUGA